AUGGCCGACGGAAUCGACAGACGUGCCGAUGAGAAGAUGGAGUUCUCCACCUCCAAGGAGGUUACGGUGGCUCCUACCUUCGAGGCUAUGCACCUGAAGGAGAAUCUUCUGCGCGGUAUCUACGCUUACGGCUACGAAUCGCCCUCCGCAGUUCAGUCGCGUGCUAUUGUGCAGAUCUGCAAGGGCCGCGACACCAUUGCCCAGGCCCAGUCUGGUACCGGCAAGACUGCCACUUUCUCCAUCAGCAUUCUCCAGGUUAUCGAUACCGCUGUGCGCGAAACCCAAGCUCUGGUUCUCUCCCCCACGCGCGAACUUGCGACCCAGAUUCAGUCCGUCGUCAUGGCUCUUGGCGACUAUAUGAACGUCCAAUGCCACGCUUGCAUCGGUGGCACCAAUGUCGGCGAAGACAUUCGCAAGCUGGACUACGGCCAGCACGUCGUUUCUGGCACUCCCGGUCGCGUCGCUGAUAUGAUUCGCCGCCGCAACCUCCGCACUCGCCACAUUAAGAUGCUUGUUCUGGACGAGGCUGAUGAGCUGCUCAACCGUGGUUUCCGCGAGCAGAUCUAUGACGUGUACCGUUACCUGCCUCCUGCGACCCAGGUCGUCGUCGUCUCGGCCACGCUUCCGUACGACGUUCUGGAUAUGACCACCAAGUUCAUGACGGACCCAGUCAGGAUUCUCGUCAAGCGUGACGAACUGACUCUUGAAGGCCUGAAGCAGUACUUCAUUGCUGUCGAGAAGGAGGAGUGGAAGUUCGAUACUCUCUGCGACCUUUACGAUACCCUUACUAUCACUCAGGCCGUCAUCUUCUGCAACACCAGGAGAAAGGUCGACUGGCUUACCGAUAAGAUGCGCGAGGCAAACUUCACUGUAUCCUCGAUGCAUGGAGAGAUGCCGCAGAAGGAGCGUGAUAGCAUCAUGCAGGACUUCCGUCAGGGCAACUCUCGCGUCCUGAUCUCGACCGAUGUCUGGGCCCGUGGAAUUGAUGUUCAGCAGGUGUCGCUGGUCAUCAACUACGACCUCCCCAGCAACCGUGAAAACUACAUUCACAGGAUUGGUCGCAGUGGACGUUUUGGCAGGAAGGGUGUUGCUAUCAACUUCGUCACGAGCGAGGACGUGAGGAUUCUCCGUGACAUUGAAUUGUACUAUUCUACUCAAAUCGAUGAGAUGCCGAUGAACGUCGCGGAUCUUCUUUCGUAA